AUGGCCAUGGCGGAUUUGACCCGACUUAUUCAAGAAGCAGAGAAAAAAAAACCCCGAGGGCAGAAUGCUGUCUACGUUGCAGGCUAUCUAGGAUUCCAGGAUAAGGUUGUGUUAGCGAAGUGGAUAGAGGACCCUCAACACCUUCCGAGAAUUUUAACUCCGUGGCAUACAGCAAAGCAAACCGCCUUCGGAUGCCUUGUGAAGAAUCCUAUCAAACCGUCCGAGAAGGAUUUCAGUACAAGCAACAUCUUUAAAUACAUCAGCAGUCUCAACCCAAGAUUGAUUAGUUUUGUCACCGGCGAUAGAUUUCCUAUUACGCACGAAACGUUAGGAUUGAAGCAAAACGUUGAUGAUCCGGGGUAUCUUUACAACCUUCAUGACAUGCAUUUGAUCAUCACUACGUAUCUCGAUCAUUUCCUACAAGACACUCCAAAGUCAGCGAAGAAACUUCAUUCUAGGGAGAAUUGGUUCAGGCCAUCAUCAACACUUAGGUUUUAUCGGCUGUCGCACAGGAAACUUAACGGCUCCAGAACCAAGAGCCUUCCUCAGAAAGAAGCUAUCGCUCCAUUUUCUAUGGAUAGCGAGGUUGCAUCGAUUGAUAAGACUAUCAAUGAAAGUACAUCAUAUGCUCGUUUCAAACAAGACGAGUAUAAUGACUUAUCCGACAUGGAGAACGAUGGAAGCAUAUCAAUAAUCAAUAAGACUGCCGAGGAAAUUGAAGAGGAAAAUGUAAGAGAAACUGAUGAGUUUCACGCUCAGCUGAACAAAUCAGGCAACAUCCAAAAGGAAGGAAAUCAGAGAAUCAUUGAGGGCAAGAAAAAUCACUAG